UUGACUCUCACCAUUCACAAUGGCGGACAAGAUCACUCGUAUCGCCAUCGUCGACUCGAAUCGAUGCAAGCCCAAGCGAUGCGCUCAGGAAUGCAAAAAGUCUUGCCCAGUCGUCAAAAUGGGCAAACUUUGUAUCGAAGUCAAGCCCAGUGACAAGAUUGCCUUCAUCUCCGAGUUCCUGUGUAUUGGUUGCGGUAUUUGCGUCAAAAAAUGCCCAUUCGAGGCUAUUGCUAUCAUCAACUUGCCCACCAACUUGGAGUCCCAAGUCACCCACCGAUAUACCGCAAACGCCUUCAAACUCCAUCGAUUGCCCACUCCCCGUCCUGGCCAGGUCCUUGGUUUGGUCGGUACUAACGGUAUCGGAAAAAGUACCGCCCUCAAGAUUUUGGCUGGAAAGUUGAAGCCUAACCUUGGUCGAUAUGAUGAUCCCCCCGACUGGCAAGAAAUUCUCAAGUACUUCAGGGGUUCCGAGCUUCAAAACUACUUCACCAAGGUUUUGGAGGACAACUUAAAGGCCCUGAUCAAACCCCAGUAUGUCGAUCACAUCCCCAAGGCCAUCAAGGGCGAGAUGACUGUCGAAAAGAUGCUCGACAACAAGCUUGAGAGGAAUAAUAAGCAAAAGAUGUGCGAUGACCUCGAAUUGAACCAUGUCUUGGACCGUCAGAUCCACCAGCUUUCUGGAGGAGAGUUGCAACGAUUUGCCAUCGCCAUGAGUUGCAUCCAAAACGCCGAUGUGUACAUGUUUGACGAGCCUUCUUCCUACCUCGAUAUUAAGCAGCGUCUCAAGGCGGCCGAAGUCAUCCGUGAACUCCUCACCCCCGACAACUACAUCAUCGCUGUCGAGCACGAUCUUUCCGUCCUCGACUACCUCUCCGAUUUCGUCUGCUGUCUCUACGGCAAACCCUCUAUGUACGGUGUCGUGACCAUGCCUUACUCGGUCCGUGAAGGUAUCAACAUCUUCCUUGACGGUUUCAUCCCCACCGAGAACUUGCGUUUCCGAGAGGACAGCUUGAGCUUCAAGAUGGUCGAAACCGCCGACGAGUUCAUUGUCGACAAGUCCCGUCACUACAGCUACCCGGCCAUGACCAAGACCCUCGGCUCGUUCAAACUUACCGUCGAAGCUGGUUCUUUCACCGAUUCGGAGAUCAUCGUCAUGUUGGGCGAGAACGGUACCGGCAAGACCACCUUCGUCCGACUUCUCGCUGGUGAUACCCCCGAUGUCGAAACCGACAAGCAGUCGUUGGCUGUUUCCCUCAAGCCCCAGACAAUCUCGCCCAAGUUCCCUGGAACCGUCCGCAUGCUGUUGCUCAAGCAGAUCAAGAACGCGUUCAUGCAUCCUCAGUUCCAGACUGAUGUUUUGAAGCCCAUGAACUUGGAUAACAUUAUGGACCAGGAAGUUAAGACGUUGUCCGGUGGUGAACUGCAACGAGUUGCCAUCGUCCUUGCCCUUGGCAAGCCUAACGUCUCCGUCUACCUUCUCGACGAACCGUCCAGUUUCUUGGACUCCGAACAGCGUAUCAUUGCAUCCAAGGUCAUCAAACGGUUCAUCCUCCACGCUAAAAAGACUGCAUUCGUUAUUGAGCACGAUUUCAUCAUGGCCACGUACCUUGCCGAUCGUGUUAUUGUGUUCGAGGGUCAGCCCGCUGUUGCUGCCACUGCUACCCCUCCACAGUCUCUUCUUACCGGCAUGAACCGCUUCCUUGCCUCGCUCGAGAUCACUUUCCGACGUGAUCCCACCAACUUCCGACCUCGAGUCAACAAGCUGGACUCGAUCAAGGAUCUCUGCUAA